AUGCCACGCCUCCUUGGGUCACGGCCGGAGACGCUGGAGGGAAGACCCAACGGAAGAAAGAACACAGAAAUUCAACGAAGACGAUAUAUCACACAUAUUACAUUAGAUCCUGACGAAGAUACAAACUCACCUUCCGACACUGACUCACCUUCCGACACAGACUCACCUUCCGACACAGACUCACCUUCCGACACAGACUCACCUUCCGACACUGACUCACCUUCCGACACAGACUCACCUUCCGACACUGACUCACCUUCCAACUCAGACUCACCUUCCGACACUGACUCACCUUCCGACACAGACUCACCUUCCGACACUAACUCAUCUUCCAACAAAGACUCAUCUUCCAACACUGACUCACCUUCCAACACUGACUCAUCUUCCGACACUGACUCACCUUCCGACACUAACUCAUCUUCCGACACUGACUCACCUUCCGACACUAACUCAUCUUCCAACAAAGACUCACCUUCCAACACUGACUCACCUUCCAACUCAGACUCACCUUCCGACACUGACUCAUCUUCCAACACUGACUCACCUUCUGACACUGACUCACCUUCCAACUCAGACUCACCUUCCGACACUGACUCAUCUUCCAACACUGACUCACCUUCCGACACUGACUCACCUUCCGACACAGACUCACCUUCCGACACUGACUCACCUUCCAACUCAGACUCACCUUCCGACACUGACUCACCUUCCGACACAGACUCACCUUCCGACACUGACUCACCUUCCGACACUAACUCAUCUUCCAACAAAGACUCACCUUCCAACACAGACUCACCUUCCGACACAGACUCACUUCCCGACACAGACUCACCUUCUGACACAAACUCACCUUCUGACACAGACUCACCUUCCAACACAGACUCACCUUCCAGCACAGAAUCACCUUCCAACACAGACUCACUUCCCGACACAGACUCACCUUCCGACACCUGCUAA